UUAGGCAGUGUUAUUUAAUAUGAUGUGUCCAAUGUUGCGUUUUAUAUUUAUUUCUCUGGCUUGUUUAGGACUCAGUGUAGCGACAGAUAUAAUAUUAUCAGAAAGAGUCCCGACGAAUGGUAAAUUCACAGAAGUAGCAAAGGAGAGUGAUACGAAUGAAGAACGUAUUGUGGGAGGGAGGAACGCGACCUGCGAGGAGUUCCCGCAUCAAGUUAGCUUUGUUGUCAAUAACUCAUAUUUCUGCGGUGGAUUUAUCAUAAGCGAUCAGUACAUCCUGACCGCGGCACAUUGCGCACAAGAGGUCGAUCCUUCAACAGUUGUUAUGAGAAUCGGCAGCACAUGGAGAAAAAAUGGUACAAAAGUGACAGUCACAGAAGUAAUUCCUUAUCCGGAGUACAACAAUCCACCUUACGACAAGGACAUAGCGGUUAUGAAGAUAGCUGAGCCUUUACAGUUUGAUGCCUGCACUCAACCCAUAGCUUUACCUCCUAAGGGACUAUCAGCUAGCUACGGAGAAGUUAUAACAGUUAGUGGAUGGGGACGUACUAAGCAAGGAGUCACGAUGAUACCUGAUAGAUUAAUGGCAGUCAACCUGACUGUAGUGAACCACACGCUCUGCCGGGCGGCUUACCUGCCUCUCUCCAUCACUGAGAACAUGCUGUGCGCAGGAAACUUCUUUUUAGGAGGACAGAGCACUUGUCAGGGCGAUUCCGGUGGUAUUGGUGCAAUCAACAAUGUAGCUCGCGGCAUAGUGUCAUUCGGCCGGGGCUGCGGUCAGCCACUGGCACCCAGCGUCUUCACCGAUAUCUCCGCGCCUGAUAUGAGGGACUUCAUUACGAAGCACACGGGACUAUAG